GUCUUCAUCUCUUUCCCUUUCUUCCUUUCUACAAAUACCAGUUGGAUGAUCAUAACACAUACCACCACAACCAAAUUAACUUCCCAUUCUUACUCUGAUCGAUCAGACCUCCCAUUUUCUAGGCAUAUAUGGCAGGACCGACGACUACCCCUCUGGUAUUCACAGUGCGAAGGUGCAAACCAGAACUGGUUGCUCCGGCAAAGCCAACACCCCAUGAGUUCAAGCAACUGUCUGAUAUUGACGACCAAGAGGGUCUUCGGUUUCAAAUCCCGGUGAUACAAUUCUACCGAUAUAAUCCAUCGAUGCAUGGGAAAGACCCUGUGGAAGUCAUCAGAGACGCACUUGCACAAACGCUAGUGUUUUACUACCCCUUUGCAGGCAGGCUCAGGGAAGGGCCUGGCCGGAAGCUUGUAGUAGAGUGUACCGGCGAGGGUGUUAUGUUUAUCGAGGCCGAUGCCGAUGUCACUCUUCAACAGUUCGGUGAUGCUCUUCAACCCCCAUUCCCAUGCAUGGAGGACCUCCUUUUUGACGUUCCCGGCUCUGGAGGGGUCCUCAAUUGCCCAUUGCUGCUUAUCCAGGUAACGCGCCUCAAGUGUGGUGGAUUCAUCUUCGCCUUGCGCCUCAACCACACCAUGAGCGAUGCUGCUGGCCUGGUCCAGUUCAUGUCAGCGGUCGGCGAGAUGGCGCGAGGUGCGCAUGCCCCUUACAUCCUUCCCGUGUGGCAGAGACACCUUCUCAACGCAAGGGAUCCACCACGCGUGACUUGUGAACACCGGGAGUAUGAAGAAGUGGCUGACACUAAAGGCACAAUCAUCCCACUCGACGACAUGGUUCACCGUUCCUUUUUCUUUGGCAUCAAUGAAGUGUCCGCCCUACGUAGAUUUGUACCACAUCACUUGAGACAAUGCUCCACUUUUGAAGUACUCACCGCAUGCCUCUGGCGUUGUCGUACCAUAGCGCUUCAACCAGAUCACGAUGAGGAGGUGCGCAUACUGUGCAUCGUUAAUGCACGUGCCAAAUUCAACCCUCCGUUACCCACUGGUUAUUACGGCAAUGGUUUUGCAUUCCCCGUGGCGGUAACAACGGCAGGAAAGCUCUCUCAAAAUCCGUUAGGUUACGCUUUGGAAUUGGUGAAGAAGGCCAAGAACGAUGUAACGGAAGAGUACAUGCAAUCGUUAGCUGAUUUGAUGGUGAUUAAGGGUCGACCCCACUUCACAGUAGUGCGAUCCUACUUAGUGUCUGAUGUGACACGUGCUGGGUUCGGAGAGGUGGACUUUGGGUGGGGCAAGGCAGCUUAUGGUGGGCCAGCGAAAGGUGGAGUCGGGGCCAUCCCUGGAGUGGCAAGUUUUUAUAUACCUUUCAAGAAUAGUAAGGGGGAGGAUGGGAUAGUGCUCCCAAUUUGCUUGCCAGCCCCGGCCAUGAAAAGAUUUGUGGAGGAGUUGGAUUACUUGUUGAGUAACAAGCCCUUUAGUAGCCCCCAGAAAUCUGCUCUUAUUGUAUCCAGCCUGUGAACCCAAUUAUUCUGGUGGCCGUUGUAAGAUUCAUGAGAGAGACACUCAAAAUGUGUACGUUGAUGGGUGAAUGUGAUAGGAGAUAUGUAUGCCUUUAUCAUAUCUGCUACUGUGUGUAAUUUGUAUGGUGUGCAUUAUAUGUAAACCUUUGCGCCCCCGUGCCAUGUGAAAGACUUUUCCAUUUUCGUGCCA